GUCGGCGAGGCCGGGGUCGCCGGGAGGGAGAUCCCGGAGCCGGCGAACAACAUCCCGAGGGCAAGGACGUGCUCGUGGGCGGGGAGCGCUGGAGGCCGGCCUGCCUCUCUUCUUGAGGGGGGCUGCCGCCCCCCUCCGCGCACCCUUCGCGGGAUUAGUGUAACUCCCAAUGGCUACCACCUCCAGCGACCGUCAACCCUCAGGCGAAGACUCACUUUCGCCCCCUGCCUGGACGGAGGGGCCCCGGGAAUGAGGGGCCCCUGAGCCAGAGGUGACGAUCCCGCCCCCCUGACCGGCCCAGGCCCGUGUCCUCGCCCCCCAUCGGUGACCCAGUGACCUGGUGACUCGAUUCUCGGCCAUCUGGGCGCCGAGACGGCUUCCGGCUCCUGCCUUUUAAACCUGCCUCCCCGGCGAGCACCUGGAGAAGAGCGCUGGGCCCGGGGCACUGCGGUCCCUGGCGCCCGCUGCGUCAGGCUGCGCACGGGGGUCCACCGGGACCUUUCUGGGAGUCGUGGGCUUAGUAUCCCAGUGCUUGGCGCAGACUAGGUGCUCAGUAAAUGACAGAGGCUUAUUUUAAGAGAGUGGCAGCGCCUGGCCCUUUGGCGCUCAGUGAAUGCUGGCUAUCACGGUGUGCCAAACUCUGGGGAUCCUCCAGGCAGGACACCGGUCCUGGUCUCAGGGAACCGGGAAAAGAGAAAGGAGACAGGCCUUCAACCCAGUUACAACCCAGGGUGCUAUAGGAAUCCAGCUGCUAACGGAUAAAUCGUGGGUGUUGGCUUACAAAUAUGGCACGUGCCUGGCAUGUACUAGGAAUGCACAGGAACCUGGCCAUGGUGAACGAAGCCAGAGGAAAUGGCAGCCUCAGCCCCUGUUUGGAGGGCAGUGCCAGCAGUAGCAGCGAGAGCUCCAAAGACAGUUCGAGAUGUUCCACCCCGGGCCUGGACCCCGAGCGGCAUGAGAGACUCCGGGACAAGAUGAGGCGGCGAAUGGAAUCUGGUGACAAGUGGUUCUCCUUGGAAUUCUUCCCUCCUCGAACUGCUGAGGGAGCUGUCAAUCUCAUCUCAAGGUUUGACCGGAUGGCGGCAGGCGGCCCCCUCUUCAUAGAUGUGACCUGGCACCCAGCAGGUGACCCUGGCUCAGACAAGGAGACCUCCUCCAUGAUGAUCGCCAGCACCGCCGUGAACUAUUGUGGCCUGGAGACCAUCCUGCACAUGACCUGCUGCUGUCAGCGCCUGGAGGAGAUCACAGGCCAUCUGCACAAAGCCAAGCAGCUGGGCCUGAAGAACAUCAUGGCGCUGCGGGGAGACCCCAUAGGUGACCAGUGGGAAGAGGAGGAGGGAGGCUUCAACUACGCAGUGGACCUGGUGAAGCACAUCCGAAAUGAGUUUGGUGACUACUUUGACCUCUGUGUGGCAGGUUACCCCAAAGGCCACCCCGAAGCAGGGAGCUUUGAGGCUGACCUGAAGCACUUGAAGGAGAAGGUGUCCGCGGGAGCCGAUUUCAUCAUCACGCAGCUUUUCUUUGAGGCUGACACAUUCUUCCGCUUUGUGAAGGCAUGCACCGACAUGGGUAUCACUUGCCCCAUCGUCCCCGGGAUCUUUCCCAUCCAGGGCUACCACUCCCUUCGGCAGCUGGUGAAGCUGUCCAAGCUAGAGGUGCCACAGGAGAUCAAGGAUGUGAUUGAGCCAAUCAAAGACAAUGAUGCUGCCAUCCGCAACUAUGGCAUCGAGCUGGCUGUGAGCCUGUGCCACGAGCUUCUGGCCAGUGGCUUGGUGCCAGGCCUCCACUUCUACACCCUCAACCGCGAGAUGGCUACCACAGAGGUGCUGAAGCGCCUGGGGAUGUGGACUGAGGACCCCAGGCGUCCUCUGCCCUGGGCUCUCAGCGCCCACCCCAAGCGCCGAGAAGAAGAUGUACGUCCCAUCUUCUGGGCCUCCAGACCAAAGAGUUACAUCUACCGUACCCAGGAGUGGGACGAGUUCCCCAACGGCCGCUGGGGCAAUUCCUCUUCCCCUGCCUUUGGGGAGCUGAAGGACUACUACCUCUUCUACCUGAAGAGCAAGUCCCCCAGGGAGUUGCUGCUGAAGAUGUGGGGGGAGGAGCUGACCAGUGAGGAAAGUGUCUUUGAAGUCUUUGUUCUCUACCUCUCGGGAGAGCCAAACCGGAAUGGUCACAAAGUGACUUGCUUGCCCUGGAACGAUGAGCCCCUGGCAGCCGAGACCAGCCUGCUGAAGGAGGAGCUGCUGCGGGUGAACCGCCAGGGCAUCCUCACCAUCAACUCACAGCCCAACAUCAACGGGAAGCCGUCCUCCGACCCCAUCGUGGGCUGGGGCCCCAGCGGGGGCUAUGUCUUCCAGAAGGCCUACUUAGAGUUCUUCACUUCCCGUGAGACAGCGGAAGCGCUUCUGCAAGUGCUGAAGAAAUACGAGCUCCGGGUUAAUUACCACCUUGUCAAUGUGAAGGGUGAAAACAUCACCAAUGCCCCCGAACUGCAGCCGAAUGCCGUCACUUGGGGUAUCUUCCCUGGGCGAGAGAUCAUCCAGCCCACCGUAGUGGAUCCCAUCAGCUUCAUGUUCUGGAAGGACGAGGCCUUCGCCCUGUGGAUUGAGCGGUGGGGCAAGCUGUAUGAGGAGUCGUCUCCAUCCCGCACGAUCAUCCAGUACAUCCACGACAACUACUUCCUGGUCAACCUGGUGGACAAUGACUUCCCACUGGACAACUGCCUGUGGCAGGUGGUGGAAGACACACUUGAGCUUCUCAACAGGCCCACCCAGAAUGAGAGAGAGACGGAGGCUCCGUGACCCUGUGUCCUGACGCCCUGCGCUGGAGCCACUCCUGUCCCACCUUCUUCCUCCACAAUGCUACUUCUCUGGGAAUCCCACUCUCCUUCAUGUCUCCCCGACCCCUGGCCUCCACUCCCCCACCUGACGAUGGCAGCUAGACUGGAGUGAGGCUUCCAGGCUCUGGCUGGACUUCAGUUGGCCCCACAUGGGAACCUAGUACUCCCUGCUCUAGCCAGGAGUCUGUGCUCUUUUGGUGGGGAGCACUUCCGUCUUGCAGAGAACCACAGCGGGUGGCACCUCCUGAGAAGGCGAGGAGAGUGGUUGUUGCCAGCUAAGCCCUCGAACCAAGGCAGCCUCCAGAGCCAGCCUGGGACUCCCAGUGAACUUACACUUGGAGCCUGUGCAGUACAGGCAAAACACACAUGGGUGCCAGGCACUGGUGGCAUCGUAGAAGAGAUGUGGCAAAGUGCUGUACCCUUCCACCUCCUAGAGGUGGGCAGCUGGGCCCCACCUACUUGUGAGUGAAGGGACAUACCACUGCCCUGCCUGCCCGCUUAGCCGUCCAUGGCACCAGCCCCCUGGAUGGGCAUUGGGCUGAUACCUACCAUGCUGCUUUCUGGCACAGUUGUCUAUUCUGAGCUUUGAGAGAAAAAGUACCCCUCAAGGGUUGACAGCAGCAGUCUGAACCCUUGUGCUUGGUGGGGGUCAUGGCCUUCCCCUUUUCCCUGGCUGUGGAGGCCUAAGGCUACCCCGUUCCCUGUCAAAAGCCAAGAUGAGAUUCACCAGCACAGGGGCCCCAGACCUGCCUGGGGCUGUGCAGCA